CAUGAGUGAGGGGUGAAGGUGGCAUCAUGAAUAAGAUCUGCUUACUAUUGUGCAUCAGUUGAUAUGCUUUUUAAAUGACAUUUUCUAAGUUUUUAUUAUUCGUUAGAAACUUAAGUUAGAACGGUUUAGCUUGUGGCUGUAAAUGAUGGUGCCUCUGAAGCGAAGGAAAGUUUGUGGUCCUGUAUCUGACAGAGGGACAACAGUAAAGUUUCCAUAUGUAGUUAUAUUUUUAGUAGAACGAAAAAUGGGAGCAAGUCGGAGAGCCUUUCUUUCUCGACUAGGUCGAAAAAAUGGUUUUCAGGUAGAAGAUGAUUUCAGUGACUGUGUUACUCAUGUCAUCUCUGAAAACAACUCUGCAGAUGAUGUGAGGACAUGGCUGGACUUGCAGCAGAAAGGCAAUGUGACAGUAGAACUUCUGGACAUAUGCUGGUACACUGAGAGCAUGGAGGCAGGCUGCCCUGUUGAGAUACUGGCCAAGCAUAAAUUACAGGAGGUCCAGAAAGUUAAAGAAGAGUCAGUGGAGUUUUUAAUUCCAAGCUAUGCGUGUCAGAGGCGAACCUCUUUGGACAACCAUAACACUAACCUCACUGAUGCUCUGUCACAUUUGGCAGAAAAUGCAGAGCUUAAUAAUGAGGAUGGCAGAGCUGUUGCAUUCCGACGAGCUGCUGCUGUUUUAAAGGCACUUCCUGUAAAAGUCACAUCCAUAACACAGCUCAGAGGGUUGCCCUGUCUGGGAGAGCACUCUCAGCGGGUCAUCAAGGACGUUAUUGAGAAUGGAGUAUCAAGUGAAGUGGAAUCAACUAUACAUUCAGAGCGUUUCAAAGCUCUGAAGCUUUUAACUGGUAUUUUUGGAGUUGGGGCAAAGACUGCUGACAGAUGGUUUAAGGAGGGGAUUCAAAACCUGACACAGUUAGCAAAUUCAGGACAUGAUCUUAAUCGUGCCCAACAAGCAGGUCUGGAGCACUAUUAUGACCUCAACCAGCCAGUUACAAAGGCUGAAGCAGAGGCCAUUGGUGACAUUGUGAAGAAGGCAGUACUUGAUGUGUUACCAGGAUCUGAAAUUAUCUUGACUGGUGGAUUUAGGAGAGGGAAGAUAACAGGACAUGAUGUUGAUUUCUUGAUAACUCAUCCAGACGAGGGAAAAGAAGUUGGACUUGUGUCUAAAGUGGUCUCCUGGUUAACAGCACGGGGUUUGUUGUUGUACCAAAAAAACACUAGAAACUCAUACCUGGAGAGUGAGGACGGCCCUGCACAACCACCUUCGAACAUGGACCGAUUUGAAAGGUGUUUCUCCAUUUUUAAGCUGGAGAAAAAGGAGAUGCAUUCAAAACAUUUACAUCCAGGAACACAAAGUAGUGACCAAAAAACGAGCAUUGAACAUCUGCAAUAUUUCCAAGCAAAUGACUUAUCAAACUCACAAAUGAGACCAAAUAGAAACUGGAGGGCUGUCAGGGUGGAUUUAGUGGUGUCCCCCAUAAGUCAAUUUGCUUUUGCUGUUUUAGGCUGGACGGGGUCUAAGUUGUUUGAGAGAGAGUUGCGCCGUUGGGCAGGUCAAGUAAAGUCUAUGUCUCUCAGUAGCCACGCUCUCUACGACAAUAAACAGUGUAAGUAUUUGAGGGCUACAUCAGAAGAAGAAAUAUUUACUCAUCUUGGUCUGGAGUUUAUCCCACCAUCAGAGAGAAAUGCAUGAAUUUGUCACUGCACAUAUUGCCAAAUAAAAUUUACUAAAUAAAACUACACAUGAC